CCGGUAUCCAACCUGCUGCCGCCACGGCCUGGCCGAGCGCAGCGGGUACCGCGCGCACAGCACACGCUCGCGCUCCGGAUCCGGGCGGUUCAUGACCGUGGCCCGCGGACCCAGCCUCUGCCAGCUCCCGCCGCAGCUCGCCGCGCGCUCCCGGCAGCCGCCAGGGCUCCCCGAACCAAGCCAGCCUGCGACCCCUGCCCACUGCCGGCUCGCGGCUGCCCGGCCCGGCUGGCACCAUGCUGCCCGCGCGCUGCGUCCGCCUGCUCACGCCCCAUUUGCUGCUCGUGCUGGUGCAGCUGUCCCCCGCCGGCGGCCACCGCACCACCGGCCCCAGGUUUCUAAUAAGUGACCGUGACCCUCAGUGCAACCUCCACUGCUCCAGGACGCAACCCAAACCCCUCUGUGCCUCGGAUGGCAGGUCCUAUGAGACCAUGUGUGAGUACCAGCGAGCCAAGUGCCGAGACCCAACCCUGGGCGUGGUUCACCGAGGUAGAUGCAAAGAUGCUGGCCAGAGCAAGUGUCGCCUGGAGCGGGCUCAAGCCCUGGAGCAGGCCAAGAAGCCUCAGGAGGCUGUGUUUGUCCCUGAGUGUGGUGAGGAUGGCUCCUUUACACAGGUUCAGUGCCAUACUUACACAGGGUACUGCUGGUGUGUCACCCCAGAUGGGAAGCCUAUCAGUGGCUCUUCUGUGCAGAACAAAACUCCUGUAUGUUCAGGUUCAGUCACUGACAAGCCCUUGAGCCAGGGUAAUUCAGGAAGGAAAGUCUCUUUUCGCUUCUUUUUAACUCUCAAUUCAGAUGACGGUUCUAAGCCCACACCCACGAUGGAGACCCAGCCCAUGUUCGAUGGAGAUGAAAUCACAGCUCCCACCCUAUGGAUUAAGCACUUGGUAAUCAAAGACUCCAAAUUGAAUAACACCAAUGUAAGAAAUUCAGAGAAAGUCCACUCGUGUGACCAGGAGAGGCAGAGUGCCCUGGAAGAGGCACGGCAGAAUCCCCGUGAGGGCAUUGUGAUCCCCGAGUGUGCCCCUGGUGGGCUCUAUAAGCCAGUGCAAUGCCACCAGUCCACAGGCUACUGCUGGUGCGUCCUAGUGGACACAGGGCGCCCAUUGCCUGGGACCUCCACACGCUAUGUGACGCCCAAUUGUGAGAGUGAUGCCAGAGCCAAGAGUGCAGAGGUGGACGAUCCCUUCAAGGACAGGGAGCUACCAGGCUGUCCGGAAGGGAAGAAGAUGGAAUUUAUCACCAGCCUACUGGAUGCCCUCACCACAGACAUGGUUCAGGCCAUUAACUCAGCAGUGCCCACUGGAGGUGGGAGGUUCUCAGAGCCAGACCCCAGCCACACCCUGGAGGAACGAGUGGUGCACUGGUAUUUCAGCCAGCUCGACAGCAACAGCAGCAGUGACAUUAACAAGCGUGAGAUGAAGCCUUUCAAGCGUUACGUGAAGAAGAAAGCCAAGCCCAAGAAAUGCGCUCGGCGUUUCACUGACUACUGCGACCUGAACAAGGACAAGGUCAUUUCACUGCUGGAGCUGAAGGGCUGCCUGGGUGUCAGCAAAGAAGGUGGUAGCCUUGGCAGCUUCCCCCAGGGAAAACGAGCAGGCACAAACCCAUUCAUAGGACGCCUUGUUUAAAGAGCAGAAAUACUCAGAGGGCCAGUGGAGAGUCCAAGAAGACAGGAUGGACCAUCAGACACCCAACCUUCAGCGCUGCCUGUGGCCCAGCCACAGCCCAUGUAACAUAAGUGGUGCCCACCAUGUUUGCACUUUUAAUAACUCUUAUUUGUGGGUUUUGUUUCUGUUUUCAUUUGUAAACACCAAUAUCUAAUACCACAGUGGGGAAAAGGAAAAGGAGUAAGGACUGUUUAUUCUCUCUUAUUGUAAGUUUUUGGAUCUGCUACUGACAACUUUUAGGUUAUUGGGGGGGUGGUGUUGGGAUUGAGAGGAAAGAGAUUUAUAUACUGUAUAUAAAUAUAUAUGUAAAUUGUAUAGUUCUUUUGUACAGGUGUUGGCAUUGCUCUUUGUUCAUUUCCCCUCCUCUCCCUACUCCGGACUCAUGAGCCCAGUUUCUAGAACCUAGGACUGUACCCUUACCUUACCUGAAUUUCACUGGAGACUCAUUCUGUAUGUGUGGAUGAUUGUGCUGUGGAUGCCAUCAGCUCCUUUCUGGUGGGAGAACAGCACUUCCCCAGGCCACCAGCUGUCACAGUCCAGCCCUUGGCCUUCUCAAGGGAUGUUUGGAGUCAGGGAUAGUUGGGAAUUGGGCCUAGAGAGGAGGCAAACCUAGCUCAUGUGAUGUCCAGUGUAAGUUCUAAUUCUCCAGUAACCCGUAUGUUCUUGCUAUCCAGAUCCCUGGGGGAGUUAGGAUAGGUAGGGUGAACAAAUGAUCAUUAAAGGAGUUAGACCAGUUUAAACAUUUCCUUCCAUGUUUAGCACCUACUCCAUGGAGAGUGUGAGAGGGGAGACACAGAGCAUGAAAAGAAAAAGACGCAUAGCUGGACAAAGUUCAGUAGGUGCUUGGCAUCUGAGCAAGUCAGGGACAAGGACAGAAGGCUUGCCCAGAUUAGGAUAGCACCAGCCCUUCUGCAAACCCACAAGUGAGGCCCCCCAAGCACAGCUCUCCCAGUGCUGGAGUCACACUGGGUUUUACC